AUGAAAUUGGAGAUAAAGGGGCUUAAAAUAUUGGAUUAGGUUUAAGGAAUUGCACUCAACUUAUAAAUUUAAAAUUUAUUAAAAAUCUCUAACUUUAAUUAUUUCAUUUAUAAAAGCGCAAAUUAAAUUGGGGAUGAUGGAGCUUCUACUAUUGGUACAGCACUUGGGAACUGCAAGUUCCUUACUAAUCUUGUUUUUGUUAUUUCGUAAAAUUAAAUUGGUGAUAGAGGAGCACAAAAUAUUGGAUUAGGUUUGAGUAACUGCACUCAACUUACAAAUUUAAAAUUUUGGAUAGACUCAAAUUAAAUUGGGGAUGAUGGAGCUUCUACUAUUGGUACAGCACUUGGGAACUGCAAGUUCCUUACAAAUCUUGGUUUUGUUAUUUCGGAAAAUUAAAUUGGUGAUAGAGGAGCACAAAAUAUUGGAUUAGGUUUGAGUAACUGCACUCAACUCACAAAUUUAAAAUUUUGGAUAGGCUAAAAUUAAAUUGGGGAUGAUGGAGCUUCUACUAUUGGUACAGCACUUGGGAACUGCAAGUUCCUUACUAAUCUUGUUUUUGAUAUUUCGGAAAAUUAAAUUGGUGAUAGAGGAGCACAAAAUAUUGGAUUUGGUUUGAGUAACUGUACUCAACUCACAAAUUUAGAAUUUUUGAUAGGCUCAAAUUAAAUUGGGGAUGAUGGAGCUUCUACUAUUGGUACAGCACUUGGGAACUGCAAGUUCCUUACUAAUCUUGUUUUUGAUAUUUAGGAAAAUGAAAUUGGUGAUAGAGGAACAUAAAAUAUUGGAUUAGGUUUGAGUAAAUGCUCUUAACUUACAAAUUUAAGUUUUAUAUCAGAUAAUGAUGAUAUAUUUCUAAAAUCAAGUGAAAUCAUUAACUGUAAAAACAUAAAGUUAUUAAAAAUAGGAUAUUUCAAAAGAUUGGCUUAAAAAAUAAAAAGAUUAGUUAAAUUAAUUGUAGAAAAUGAAGAUUGA